AUGUGCUAGCUAUUCGUUGUGGACUCAAAUCCAUUAGACCUAGCUCGGCACACACGUGCACUAAGUUGAUCCGUUCAUUUCAUACACACCCGUUUAAACUCAAACCUCAAAUUAAAUCUGCUACAAACACGAACACACAUAUAUAUUUUGUGCGUCUACAAAUUAAUUACUCGGCAAUUAAACAAAAGAGUGAUAUCAAAGAGAUCGAGUUUUAGUUUUUGGAAACAAAAAGGAUAGAUGGCGAUUUCAUUCUUGCCAACAAUCAUUUUUCCACCACCAUCUUCGUUGUUUGUUACAACAAUGUCGAUAUUAACCUGUGUGUCGCUAGCAAAUGCAGGCUACAUGGAAGCCAAAGGCAAACACAUGAAGUAUUCUAAGUUCUUUAAUGUUAUGGCGUCGAAGCAACCAUCAUCUAAUAAUAAGCAGGAAAUUAAGUUGUCUAGUAGAAACGGGAUGCUAUUACUCUAUACACCAGCAUUCCUCGUGGGUCUUGUUGCCUUUGCGUUUUUCAACAAUCAAGAUCUUAGAUUCGUGAUGCUUAUUUCCACUCUCACUGUUCAUUUCUUCAAGAGGAUUCUUGAGGUCCUAUUAGUUCACAAGUAUAGUGGCUUCAUGGCACUUGAAACCGCAAUACCUAUCAGUCUAAGCUAUACCCUCUCUACCGCGACCUUGAUUUAUGCCCAAUACUUAUCUCAAGCAUUUCCCGAGCCUACAUUAGAUCUCAAAAACGUUGGAACUGUGUUGUUUUUUGUCGGAAUAAUGGGAAACAGUUACCAUCACUUGAUUCUUUCUAAUUUAAGAAAGGAAGGUGAUAAAGAGUACAAAAUUCCAAGAGGAGGAUUAUUUGAUUUGGUCAUAUGCCCACACUAUCUCUUCGAGAUUGUUGAAUUCAUGGGAGUCUCUUGCAUUUCUCAAGCAACCUUUUCGAUUUCUUUCACUCUUGGUACGAUAUUCUACUUGACGGGAAGGAGUUACGCCACAAGAGAAUGGUACAGUGCCAAGUUCGGGGAGAAGUUGUGACUAAAAAUGGUGGUCAUGAUGAUUUAUAUCGAACAAAAGUACAUUAAAGUGCAAGUCAGUCAUAUUAUAUAUAUAGUACGUCCACAUAGGAGUAUGGAGAUAAGAUCAGAGCUCCAUGGUGAUUGGUAAUUAAAGUCUUUUGAUCAAACACCGAUCGAGUCCUUGAAAUAUAUAUAUAAUUAAGUAUGUUGAGUGUUGACUACUAAAUUAUGAAGUCUUUUAUCUGUCUUUCAAA